CGGUAUAUAACAGCGCCCUCUGUCCUUUUGUGUCAUACCAGCUCGCUACCUUCAGUAACAAGAUGGCCCGCCUCAGCUUUGCACUCCUCGCCCUUUUCGCCGUUGUCGUGGCUGCGACUGCGACAGCAGAACCCAACAACCCACCCCCACCGGGCCACGACGGCCACCAUAUGAGGGAGUGGGUGCACCAGAAGGGUGCGCAGCUCAAGCAGUGGGGCCACCAGGAGAAGGCCAAGCUCGCUGAGGCGUGGAAGGCCAGCGUGGUGCCUAAGAUUCGGGCGGCCAAGGCCAAGUUCGGCGCCCAGUGGCAGCAGAAGGCGCCCCUGGUGGUCGCCGCCCUCAAGAAGGAGGCCGGCAUCUACUUUAACAAGGCCGUGGAGUUCGUCAACAAGAAGCUCCAGGGUUGAGCUUGAUCUCCUUAUUGUUCUUGUUACUACCGGAAAAAUAAAAUAACAUGAACAAAA